AUGAAAAGAACACUAAAAAGAAAACCCAGCCUAGGGUUUGUCUUUGUUUUAACGUUUAUACUUAUGAUUACAAAGAAGCUGGUUCAAGUAGAUUGGGCGAAGUCAAAGAAUUACUCCAAUCUAGAAGAAGAGUUGCCGUCGACCGAAAACCCUGUUUUUGCUCCGAAAAGUAAUUCAAUAUACUUUCAUGAUACUUCGCACAUUGGUGGUCUAACUCCACGACAAGCUUGUUCGGUAGAAUCAGCAGCCAGGGUACACCCUCGACAAGAUGUCUAUGUACUAUUCAGCUCGCCAGUUGCCGAAGACACGCUGAAGGCAAGCUGCCUUGCGAAACUCCGCGAAUUCCCCAACGUCAAGUUCCUGAGAAUCAACAUUUCUGAAUAUUCCAAAGGGACAGCCGUGCAGUCUAUACUAAACAAUUUAAAAGGAAGCAUAUUUCGUAUGCAGUACGCUGCAGAUAUGCUGAAAAUAUUGACGCUUUAUAAAUGGGGUGGUAUAUGUGUCGAAACUGACAUGAUUAUGAUAAAAUCUUUGCAGAACUUGCCACCGAACUGGAUUGUGCAACAGUACGAUACGUAUGUGGCGACUGGAAUUAUGUCGUUUGCCGCAAAUGAAGUUGGACGGAAUAUAACAAAAGCUAUACUAGAGGAAAUAAAGAAAACCUACAAACCUAACGAGUCGUACAGUACCGGUGAGAUACCUAUUAGAAGAGCGAUUCAACGAAUUUGCCCAAAAAGGAUACAUUGGGACACCUGUGUAGAUAUUGGAAUCCUGCCGUACGAGAAGUUUUUCCCGAUUAGAAACAUUUUGUGGUCACGUGAAUUUAAAAUAGCGACCUAUCAACCAAAUUACUCGUUUCGAAUAUGGAAUGCUCUUAGUGAUAUUAUGUAUAACUAUGAUGAGCAUUAUAUGUAUCAAAACAACGAGGCUCUGGCUAAAAAAUAUUGUCCUUCAAUUUAUCUAUUGUACCGCGAUGAACUUAACUUGUAA